AUGGCCUCCAAACACAGUAAUAAGAAAGCUAUGCAACUGAGUAGCGGUGUGACAUUUGGCAAUGACUAUUUCAAGCCUUACACAUCGUACAAGCAUGACUACAUGUCUUGUCCAGCUAACUACAGACCAACGCGAUAUUGUCCACCGCCAUCUCCUGCACAGAUAAUACCAACUGCGACAGACCGUGAAAACUGUGACAACCGCUGUCGUCACCUGUCACUUCAUAAAGAUACGUAUUCAUAUUUCGGGCCUGAGGUGGCGAGGAACAUCUAUGAAGACAGGGUUCAAAAUCUUAAGGAGAUAAGAUACAUAAAUACCAGUGAUUAUGUCGGGGCUAGCAUGAUCGGUAGACCGCGAAAAAUGUUGACUCGCUCCAUGAUAGACUACAGUAACCCGUUAGCCAUGCUAAAGAUGCCGUCCAAGAUUUCCUAUUUCCUUGUUCCGAGAUACGUGCGUAAAAAGAUGUUUGAGCAAGACAGCGUUGGGUUGAGUAUGGCGUACCGAGGCUCUCGGAUGGGAACGAGCACCGAGACUGGAGAAUCGUUUGUAUGGCCGUCUAGAAACCUGUACACUAACAAACAUGGAAGAAGAAGCUACAUUAUAAGUUAA